CCCCGUUCCUCUACCUCCUACCACCAUCAUGUCCACCGCAGAACGCGAACCUUUGAUCUCAGAGAGGAAGAAACAGCUUGGUCCACAUGAAAUACCCACGUCCGUGAGAUAUGGAAUCUUAGCAGGGGUUUGGUUGGGAACCUUCCUGUCGUCCGUCAACAUGACCCUGGUGCCUACAAUGUUACCAUCCAUAUCGUCCCAGUUCGAGAAAUCCCACCAAGCCAGUUGGCUUGGGACCGCCUAUCUUCUUUCAACAUGCACUUUCACUCCAUUGUAUGGAAGGCUAUCAAACGUCAUGGGUAGGCGAGGCGCAGCACAGACCGCUGUAUUUUUCGCGGGUUUUGGUACGCUAGCCUGCGGGCUAUCGACCAGUAUGGAGAUGUUAAUCGUUUCGCGCUUUAUUGCUGGAAUAGGAGGAGGAGGAGUCAACACGAUCGCAACCAUCGUAGUCAGCGAUAUGUACAGUCUUCGCUCUCGAGGCCUCGCGCAAGGCGUUGCCAGUGUUUUCAAUGGACUUGGACUCGGAUUUGGCGGUCCAUUCGGUGGACUGAUAACUGACUGGUUAGGGUGGCGAUGGGCAUUCCUUAUACAGAUGCCUUUGUUUCUGCUAUCCCUCCUCCUGACCACAUUCAAUCUACGUUACGCCACCAAGGGUAAAGGAAAGAGUCCAAAAGAAGUGCUCAAACGGAUUGAUUAUCUUGGUAGUUUAACCCUGUUGAUCGCCGUCGGCUCGAUUCUUGUUUUUCUUAGUACCAAGUACAACUCGGAUCUUCCGUGGUCGAAUCCUGGUGUCAUAGUCCCACUGGCAUUGUCCUUCAUAUUCUCCAUUCUCUUCAUUAUUGUGGAGCUGUAUGUUGCACCAGAACCAGUUCUAGCACCAUUCCUCCUGAGAGAACGUAUCCCAGUGUUAGUCGGGAUAUCCAAUUUCCUGGUCGCCAUCUGCAAUUUCUCUAUUACCUACUUCUUCCCGAUGUGGUUCCAGACUGUCAUGCUGACGAAUGCUUCGAUCGCUGGUUUGCACAUCCUGCCCAACAGCGUGUCGAUGUCAAUGGGCUCGAUGUUUGCAGGCUGGAUGAUGCAUCGUACUGGCAAAUAUAAGAUGAUCAAUUUGAUCUUUGGAAUCUUACCCUUCAUCGCGUCUGUGCUGAUAAUUCAGAUUCACGAGACUUCUGGAUGGGUGCAAUCUUGGCUAAGUAUUAUACCUUUGGGUUUCGGAAAUGCCGUUGUACUUCAGACUAUGCUCAUUGCGCUUUUGGCACAUACUCCCGAGUCUCACAUGGCCGUUGCGACUGGAUUUGGGCAGUUAUUUAGAGGGAUCGGUCAAGUCGGAGGCGUGGCUAUUUCCUCCGCCAUAUUUCAAUCCAAGCUCGACUGGGAACUGAAGCAGCGCAUACACGCCCCCAACGCCGACGAGAUUAUAGCACAUAUUCGACAGAAUGCACGAUUAGUCGCAUCUUUACCUCCAGAUAUCCAGCGACAGGCGCGCGAUUCCUAUGCUGCAAGUUUGAAAGCAGUUUUCAUCUUUGCUUCCAUCUCAACUCUAUUGGCCUUCAUCGCACGAUUACCUAUCCCGGAAACGGACCUUGACCGCAGUCGUUUCAAGUCGGGAUCCGCACCUGCAACGCCAGUGCCUCCUCAAUCGCUCCGAUCCCCAGUUGCUGGACCAACAACCGCAUCUGCGUCGUCUUCUGGAGCGACAACUCCUUCGAGGGUUGAUGCUGAUUCCGAUACCGAAAGCCGAGCUACUUCUACUUAUGGAGCUACCCGCCAGAGCAGGCCUAUCAUGAAACCCAGAAGAAGGCUCUCCAUGUUUGAGUCCACCGAGGGUGGAAUGGAUCUUGAGAGUAACCGUGUUGGGGGCUCGGCGCGUGUGUCUUCUAUGGCUAUAUCCGUUUAGCAUUACUAGACAGAGGAUGUUGUCGCCUUGAGUAAAUUUCUAUUUAGAUACUCUACUCAUAAGCUAGUUGUCGACUAUUUUCAAAUUUUCUUGUUUCCUGG